AUGGAAUCGCUUAGAGAUGCUAUUUCAAGGCUGGUCGGUGUGGAAGAUGAUGCCGUGUGUGAUUUUAUUCUUGAAAUGAAUGCCAAGAGCGCUGACAGACGCAGUUUCGAAGACCAAGUUAUAGCCCUUGAUGUGGGCAUCGAUCGCGAUUGCGCUGUCAAAAUCAGUCAGGAGAUUGCCAAACACAAUAGGAAUUGUGGGAGAACCUCUAGAAACAGUAAAAUUGCCAUUUCAAAGAUUUUAAAGGAUUCAGUUGGUAUUUCAGACGAAGUAGUGGCAGAUUUUGUUCUCGAUACAUGCGAUUCCUGUGACACGUUCAAGGACUUUAGCCAAAAGAUGCAGGCGCUUGAUACUGGACUGUCGCACGAUGUGUUACGCAACAUGUAUCUCAGUGUGAAGAUUCAGAAGGAGCCACAACGGAGACAUAAUGCUAAUACGGACGUUUUAAGUAUGCCCAACGGCAACGUAAAUUGGGAUCUGAGAUCCGCCGAGGGGCUUCGUGAUAGCCCUACAACUGCAGCAGGAUCAAAAGCAUUUACUCACGAUUCUUCAAAGCUUAGGCCUGUGGUUAUCGGCGACAUUUACGCGGCUGUCGUUACAAGGAUCGUACCGUUUGGGUGCUUUGUACGUCUCUUGGAUGCCAGAGGCCCCAAGACGGAGGGUCUUGUUCAUAUCUCCGAGCUUUCACACGCUAGGGUUGAAGACGUAUCGGAUGUUGUAUGCGUAGGGCAACGUGUCCAGGUCCAGGUCAUACGCAUUCAGGCCAGAAACAAGAUUUCAAUGAGCUUAAAGAAUAUAAACCAGAGGUCUGGUAUAUACGAGCCGCCACCUGCGCGUGGUAGACCAAUGGCCUUGGCUCGACCAGCGAAUGCUCCCAGGCGGAAAUUAACCUCCCCUGAAAGGUGGGAAAUUCGCCAAUUGGUCGCAAGCGGAGCCGCAUCGAUAGACGACUACCCUGAACUGCAAGAAGCUACAGAAGCUAUAAAUGAGGUUGCGCAGCGGCGACCCCUGGAGACCGGUGAGGAUGAUCUUGACGUUGAGCUGAACAGUGAGGACAAGCCAAAAUUCUUAGAAAAUCGGCAUGAUCAAGCCAAACAGAACGAAAUGCCUAAGAUUGAUAAGCUGCCCGCGGGUUCACUUGCACGCAUGGCCGCACAUGGAUCAGAAACCAUGAAAAUGCACCGUGAGGACAAAGUUAAGCUGAAAAAAAAUCUUGAGCGUGAAGAGCGCGAUGCCCACAUGGCUGAUGAUCCUGCUAAUAAGAGGGAACUAGAUUUUGAGACUAAACAGAAUGUGUUGACCGCGUGGGAAAGGUCUCGCAAGAGAGAGCAUAUAUCUUAUGGGAAGCGGACAAAUAUGACCAUCAAGGAGCAAAGAGAAUCUCUACCGGUAUUCAAAAUGCGUGAGGAGCUCGUAAAAGCUGUUAGGGAAAAUCAGUUCCUCGUCAUAGUAGGUGAGACUGGUUCAGGUAAGACAACUCAGAUCACACAGUAUUUGGAUGAAGAAGGCUUCGCAGCGAAUGGGGUGAUCGGUUGCACACAGCCGCGGAGAGUCGCAGCGAUAUCUGUUGCAAAAAGAGUCUCUGACGAAAUGGGGUGUCGAGUUGGUGAGGAAGUUGGUUAUACAAUUCGUUUUGAAGACGUCACUUCUCCAAAAACCCGCGUUAAAUACAUGACGGACGGUAUGUUGCAACGGGAAGCCCUGAUCGAUACGGUAAUGCAGAAGUACUCAGUAAUUAUGCUUGAUGAGGCCCAUGAACGUACAGUGGCUACUGACGUAUUGUUCGCACUUCUUAAGAAAGCGGCCCUGCAACGACCUGAUCUAAAGGUGAUAAUCACUUCGGCGACGUUAGACGCAGAAAAGUUUUCGGCAUAUUUCAUGGACUGUCCUAUUAUGAAAAUUCCGGGCAAGACUUUCCCUGUCGAAGUCUUGUAUUCGCAAGCUCCACAAAUGGACUACAUAGAGAGCGCGCUUGAUACAGUCAUGGGGAUUCAUAUAAACGAGGGAGAGGGUGACAUUCUGGUCUUUUUAACUGGUCAAGAGGAAAUUGACACUUGCUGCGAAGUUCUUUACGAAAAGGUUCAAGCGCUGGGAGAGAGCAUUCAGCAGUUACUCAUUUUGCCAGUCUAUUCUGCUUUGCCCAGCGAGGUUCAAUCUAAGAUAUUUGAACCUACGCCCAAGGGAACCCGCAAAGUUAUAUUUGCGACCAACAUUGCGGAGACUUCCAUUACCAUUGACGGAAUCUAUUACGUCGUGGAUCCUGGUUUUUCCAAGAUCAAUACCUACAACCCAAGAAUCGGCAUGGAACAAUUAUUAGUGAGUCCGAUCUCGCGUGCCCAGGCAGAUCAGCGCAAAGGUAGAGCCGGAAGAACUGGUCCCGGGAAAUGUUUCAGACUUUACACUGAGGCUGCGUAUCGUGACGAGAUGGCGGCCAAUACGACACCAGAAAUUCAAAGACAAAACUUGUCAAACACGAUUUUGAUGUUGAAAGCCAUGGGUAUCAAUGAUCUCUUGAGUUUUGAGUUUAUGGAUCCACCUCCUAGGGCGUCUAUGUUAUCUGCGCUCGAGGACUUGUACCAUUUACAAGCCAUCGACGAUACUGGAAAUUUGACCAAAGUUGGCAAGCAAAUGACGCUGUUUCCGAUGGAGCCCGGCCUGUCCAAAUCCCUCCUUACCGCGGUGGAGAAUGCUUGCGCCGAAGAUAUGGCCACUAUCAUAUCGAUGCUUUCGGUGCAAAGCAUUUUUUACCGACCACGAGACAAAUCCCAAGACGCUGACAACAAAAAGAUCCGGUUUAAUCAUCCGUUCGGCGACCAUUUGACGUUGUUGAAUGUGUUCAAUCGUUGGAAAGAAAGCGGGUAUUCUAAACAGUUUUGUGAAAACAAUUAUCUACAUGAAAGACAUUUGAAAAGGGCCAGAGACGUCAAGAACCAACUCUCUCAGAUCUUGCGUAAACUAGGACUGUCACUUGCCACUUGUUAUGGUGACAUGGAUCUUAUACGCAAGACUUUGGUGGCCGGGUUUUUCAAAAACGCAGCCAAGCGAGACUCUUCAGAGGGUUAUAAGACCAUAUCUGACCAAACCUCGGUCGCCAUACAUCCUUCCAGCUCGCUUUUCGGCAAAGAGCACGAGUACGUGAUAUACAACAAUCUGAUACUCACAUCACGCGAGUACAUGUCCCAAGUGACCGCUAUCGACCCGCAUUGGCUCAUCGAAAGUGCUCCGCAUUACUACAAAACUGGAGACGGUGGGAAUUCUCGGAAAAAGGCCAAAAUUAUACCAUUGCAUAACCAGUUCUCGCGAGACCAGAAUUCAUGGAGAUUGAGUUCGCUACGCCAGAGCAAAGAGAAGGCUCUUGGCAUCAAAAGAUAG